AGAACAGCUUAGAAACGAAGCAGAAGUGUGAGACGUGUGUGCGAGCGUGUGAAAAGAGAAAAAAUAUGUCUUGAAAAAUAACUUUUUUGCUUGCGCCAAUUAGGAAAUGUGUAAUGUUUUUUAAAAUUGCUGUUCAAGAAUGCCGAUUCAGGCGCCCCAAUGGACAGAGUAUCUCAGCUGUCCAGUUUGCUGCAACGAAUUUGCGGCAAAUCUACGUCCACCAAUCAGCCUAGGAUGUGGUCACACCAUAUGCCGUACUUGUUUGGCGACCUUGCACAGGAAGCAGUGUCCCUUCGAUCAGACCAUUAUAAGUACAGAACUAGACAAUCUACCGGUUAACAAUGCCUUACUGCAGCUGGUCAGCACUAGCACCAUCACCGGCACCAGUCCCGGAAGCGGCGGCGGUAGUGCAACGAGCACCUCUUCGCCGGGGUCGUCCCUUGGCGGCAGUGGGGGAUCCGGAAGUACUGCAAAUGAUCCGGAUAUCAAUUCGCCCAGCGUACAGAAUCUGAAUCCGGAUGAUUUGCUGUGCUACAAAUCCGCUCGAAGCUGCAUCGAAGAGCUGGCCCUUUAUCUGAAGCCGUACCCGAAUGGGAAUGCCGGUGGACUCUUGUCGCGUCCGAUGCAGCGCAAACUAGUCACCCUGGUCAACUGUCAGUUGAUUGAGGAUGAAGGACGUGCGCGAUCGUUGCGUGCCGCUCGCUCGUUAGGCGAACGGACGGUCACCGAGUUGAUCCUACAGCAUCAAAAUCCACAACAGCUAAGCACCAAUCUGUGGGCAGCCGUUAGGGCACGUGGCUGCCAGUUCUUGGGACCAGCAAUGCAGGAGGAAGUUCUGAAGCUUGUUUUACUCGCACUGGAAGAUGGCUCAGCACUCUCUAGAAAGGUGUUGGUUAUGUUCGUCGUGCAACGGUUAGAGCCUCAUUUCCCACAAGCUUCCAAAACGAGCAUCGGACACGUUGUACAGUUGCUCUAUCGCGCAAGUUGUUUCAAGGUAUCUAAACGAGAGGGAGACUCAUCACUAAUGCAGUUGAAGGAAGAAUUCCGUACUUACGAAGCACUGAGACGGGAGCACGAUGCACAAAUAGUACAAAUUGCAACCGAAGCUGGUCUCCGGAUAGCUCCGGAUCAGUGGUCUUCACUUCUUUACGGCGAUACCGCUCACAAGUCGCACAUGCAAAGCAUUAUAGAUAAAUUACAAACGCCGCAAUCAUUCGUGCAAUCUGUACAGGAGUUGAUAAUUGCUCUGCAACGGACGGGGGAUCCGGCCAAUCUGUCUGGCUUGCGGGUUCAUCUGAAACAUCUUGCUGGUAUCGAUUCGAAUGCCGAGAAUCAUGUGCCAACAUGGCGUGAGUGCUCGACAGCACUGGAAGCGGUAAAACGGGUCGUUAUAGGCCUGGUAGAUUUUGUACAGCAUCAUGGCAACCGAAAGCUACAGGAACCAGGUCACUUGGCUCAUAAUAGUAAAUAUAAAAUUAGUCUGUGUCGCGACCUGAAUCUCCGAGGAACCUGUCCUCGUGGACCAAACUGUACAUUUGCACAUUCAGAGGAAGAACUAGAAAAAUACCGUACUAAGCUGCGUAAGAAUAACAUCCGUACUCCAAAUGGGAAAGAUCAUGGUGAAUAUAUGGGAGAACUCGGGAUGCCAUCAGGAUCACACGGAUAUCACUCAUCCGGCGAAGAAGCUUCGCCAAUGCGAUAUCCUAAGCCCACCCCUCCAAUGCGAUAUUUGGAUAAAUCACCAAUGAGCAAUCACAGUCAUGCAAGCGGCAGUAGCAAUAGUAAUAGUAGUCACAACAGCCACUUAGCGCCGAUUCCACCCCAUCAACACCCUCCAUUUGCGAAUGUUCCGCCUCCACCGACGGCUCUUCAACACGGUGCCAAUGGAAGAAACUUCAACUUUAAUCCUAACUUUGCCACCGGAAAUAACAAUAAUUUACCAUAUGGAGCACGUCCUCCUCCUCCGCCAAUGCCACCUCCUCCCGUUCAUUCUUCAGCGGGUAUUCGAGGAAACUUUAUUCGACCUCCAAAUGGGAACUUCAUGGGUCAUCCUCCACCACCUCCGCCCAUGCAACAUAAUCCUGGCAAUGGACCACCACCUCCGAUGAACGUGUUACAUGGUGCAAAUCAUCCUGCAUAUCCAACCGCACAGCCUCCACCGCUUGACCAGGUACAUCCACCAAUAAUAAAUGCACCGCCACCACCUUACGUCGGCAAUCAAGGAUUUUCCGAGUAUCCAGAUAAAAUAGAUCAAAGGCGAACCUUUAAUCCAUGGGAUAAUCAACCUGCUCCGGUGGUCAACAAUCCAGUAUCUGGCACUUCUGGUCCGCAGCAACAUUCAAUAGCUCCAAUCAAUCUCAUUGGUCCACAGCAUGCGUCCAAAUCUGGAAUUAAUCAACCGUAUCCUUCGUCUAUGCAUGGUACCAAAGGACAUCUUGCUAUGCCGCCUAUGGUGCCACAUUCACAGCAUCCAAUGCCCACACUGCCAUCUCAUCAUCAUCAGCAGCAGCAGCAGCAGCAGCAACAACAUCAGCAAAUACAACAACAGCAACAUCAGCAGCAGCAGCAAUCGCAUCCUGUGCCGGGCAACGUUGGCAAAUUUUUUCCAGGAAAUGCCCAAAUGCAACAUAAACUGCGUGAUCGUAGUAACAACAAUGGGCGAAUGCAUUUAUCUCAUGCACAUUCGCAGCCGCCACAAGGUGUCCCCUCGAUGCACCAGCCAACAUCAUCAUCGUAUGGUAAUGGUAGCAGAAGUAAUUUGCACACACCACACUCACAAUCUGCAUCAGGCAUGAACAGUAAUGGGGGGAUGGCUACUGGCAAUAAUGGAGUAACGAAUGGCUAUCAUGGUAGCACUUUGCCAUCCACUCGUAAUGAAACUUUAGAAUUGUUCAAGAUGCUCAACUUGAACAGUGGAUCCGACAUAGCACAUUACGUGGAAACAGCCAAGGAUUUGUUUGUCCGUUCUGAUUCUCUGCUAACUGAUGAUGAUAUGAAUAUUUCAGAGAAUGAUUUUGCUAAUGCCGCCAACAACAAGUAUGGUCCUAUUUCGCGUAUGAGUAACCAACCCGGUAAACAAAAGGGCGAUUUCCCAUUCGCUGCUAGUUUUAUGGACAGCGAGUGGUUACUAAAUAUGCCACAGCAACUUUACAACGAGGUUGUCGCUUUAGGUGACCAAUCUUCUUCUAAUUGCUCAUCAAAUUCAUCCUCGUUCUAUCAGCACUCGCAGCAACAGCAACAGCAGCAGCAGCAGUCUACAAUAACGGUUGGGACAGGGACCAAAUCAGAGCCAAAUAACAACACCCUGGAGCUGGAUUUGUUCCAGGUCGAUCAUAAGCUUUCUGAUUACGGUGGUGGUGCUGGUGUCAAUCAAGUGAAUACGUCCACAUCACAGCUUCUGCAUCAUCAUCAAGUUGAGGCCCAAUUGUUGCAACAACAACAACAGCAAGAGCAACAGCAGCAGCAGCAGCAACAACAGCAACUACAUCAGUCGCAGCAUCAUCUUCACGCGUCAUCGACCCCCCAGCACAUGGCACCAACAACUCAAUUGCCAGUCCAUCAUUCAUCUGACGCGGUGGCUGCUGCAGUAGCGGCUCUAGGGUUUCUGCAACAGCAACGAGCGGCCCACUCUCAUCAUUCGUCACCGCAGCCAAAUCAUCAACAGUUGCACCAUCAUCAACAACAGCAACAUCAGAUGCAGCAACAACAACAACAACAACAGCAACAAGUUGUGCGAUUCAACAACCUGAUGGGUACUACUGAUGGAGGAGCCGAUUUAAAGAUUCACAACUUUAAAGAACUGAAGGAUUUAAAGAAUCAACAUGCGAUGGUCGGAUUAUCACCCGUAUCGGGAGUACUGACUGCAUCCACCUCAUCUUCAUCAGUUGUGUCUGCAGUUACUCCACUGUGGAGCAAUCUACUGGAUCUUUCCGGCUUGAAACCAUCGGCAGAAAGUGGUAGCGAUCUAGUUGUGGUGGGACAUGCCAACAGCGCCGGUUGUGGUAACAACAGUAGCCAUACUAUCCUGAACAGCAGUACUGCGAGUAGCAGCAUCGGUAACCUUAACAACAGUAACAGCAGCAGCAACAACAUCAACAACAACAACAACAACAAUAAUAAUAAUAGUAACAAUGAAGAUUCCUAUGAAGCAGGAAUCGCCGAUGAUAUGCGCGAGCUUGCUCUUCGUCUCGAGUCCGAGUUGGAAUUGGACGAGACCGGAGCAUGAGCCCCAGCGUGUUCAUACACUCAUUAUGUAAAAAAAACACACAUACUUUGACUGAUUGUGAUCAAUAUCUACUAAAUAAAUUGUAGGCGUAGCUAGAGCGUAAGCUGGGAAACAAGGCUUACACACUCCUGAGUAGGUAAAAUCUGACUAAUCAACAGCAGAAUAAUAUUUCAUUAAAUGAAAUGCAAGAUCGAUACCAAUUUUAAAAAUUAUGCAGGAAGAAACUAUCCAGAUUAUCAGGAUUACUGGAAGGACGCGCUAUCGUGUGUUGCACAGUUUACGAAACACAAAGAAAAAAAAACAUUAGAUAAAUAAGUUGCAAGUGAACUUGUGCGCGUAAAGAUUAGAAUGAGGAAACGCUUGGAUUCAGGAGCGUUAACCUAUUCAGUGCUUGUUUUAGUGAUUUUUUUUUCUGUUUUGCAGAAAACAAGUGUUUUAGAGAUAUUUUUUCGGAUCGAAACAAAACUGCUAUUUAGAAGAAGAAGAAGAACAAAGAACGGACAGUAUAGGUUUGUUUACUAAAACAGAUGAUGCACUCUACGUACGAAAACAUUCAAGAUGAUUAGCUAAUAUAAAUUGUAGAUUGCGCUCGUAGUACACAGCCGAUGGAGAAAGGUAAGCAAAUUAUAUAUGAGGAAAUGUUAAGAACUAGUGACAAACAAAUUGUAUAGAAGAAGCCAAGCAACUGAUAGCGUGAUAGAACCGGAAAAAAGGUGAUUCUUUAUUAUAUUAUUGAUGGUUAUAUUGCAAAUUAAAAAUCUAUUUAUUAACGUUCAUAUUACUAAUAUUAUCAAUUAUUCGCUAUUCGUUCGUUGUAAUUAUUAUUCCGAUUCACUAAAUGUUCUAAUUCGAAACUAUUGCUAAGGAGUGUUAGGGAAGAUUUUCGAUCAAUUGAGAAGUGAUUCGGGCACGUUUUAAUUCAUUGAUGUUUUAGUUCAUUUCUCGUUUUGAAACAACAGAAAAUAUAAUUAUGAAUUAUAUUUUUCUCUAUUAUUCAAAUGUAUACAUAUUAGCCAAUUAUUAACCCUUUUAAUUAUACGUUUCAUCGGUUUAUUACAGUUGUUAGUGUAGACCCGUCUUUUAUGCGACAUUUUAAUAUGUAGCUCUUUUAUAUAAUACUAUUUUUACAUGAUUGCCGAAUGGUUUGUGUAAAAGCAAGAGUAAAACUAUGUUUUUUUAUAUAUAUUACGUAAACGUAAAUGACUCUAUCAGAUAAAGUAACAGAAAAUACUUACCGCCACUGUUUCCUGUAGUAAUUGUUACUACAAAUGGGUAGUUAGUUGUAUUUUUUUCUUUUUUGAAUGACGAACUCAAACGAAUUGUUUUUUUUUUGCUUUCUUCUUUCACAUCUGCAGAGAAAGGAUAUUUGCUUUAUUGAUAAACUUAACUGGUUGAUUUUUAUUAAAUCGAACAAUAGCUUUCUCCGAGAAAGACAGUUUUCCGCAGCGUCAGAUAGAUUAUUUUCAAAUUAUCCGGAACACACAAACGUCCAAGGAAAUCCAGUAGCAAAACAAAAGAAAAGUUAGCAGGCGAAUUUUGGCAUUCAUACCACUGCAAUAUAGCUAAUAGUAAGUGGUUCUAGCAUAGCUUAAUAUAAUUAUAAUUACUUCUUAUGUUUAUCCAAACAAACGAGAAAGAAAAUAUAAUCGGAAAUCGAAGGUUAACAUGAGGAAGGGUUUAGAGGAACAAAUAUAAGAACGCGAAUGAGAUUGAAAAGUUUCUUGUUUUAGAAGAGAUUGUAUAUUGAGAAUGGUUAAUGCAAAUACUGUUGUGUUGCCGCUAAUUCGGUUAGAAUCCCUUUUUAGAAGGAACAGCAUAAUAAUAAAGCAUACAAUAAUUUUUAAUAAUAAAAAUAAACAAAACAAAAUUAUAUACUAAUGAAAACGUACUAUACACAAAACAUAUUUGUUUCGUUUACUAUUGUUACUGAAAAUGCAAUGGCAAAUUUUAUUCAAUUAGGUGACAGUUAGCAAUAUGCAGCAAAACGAUGAAGGAUCCACAAACGAACGCAUAGACUGUUUUGUUGGGACAUAGAAAACCAAGUUUUUUGUGUGAUUCGCAUACCAGAGCGUCCCAUGCUUUCAUGCGUUCCCAUCCGGGCAUCAUGCACUUCUUGUGUGGAAAGAGAAAGAGAUGCGACAAAAUAUUGAUAAAAAAUAUCGCAAAAUGACAAAAUGUUUCGGCUGUUGAAUCACAAUGUAUUCCGUGAACGGUGGGUGCAGGUGUGGGUGGUUGAGAACCGAGAGAGAUUGUACCAGAUUACCACGCAAAGGGCGAUGAGAAUAUACUGCAGAUCAGCGAUUCGAGUUACAAUUUUGUAAUGUACAUCUGCUACUAAAUUAGCUGAAAAUCAUACGGUUUCUCAAAUCUUCGAACUCUGCUGGGUUUUAUUAAAUAUUAAGGAAAAAACAGAUUGAAACAUAGCAAACAAAUUGAGCUCAGAAAAAGUAUCCCGAAAAAGUAGGAUCCUACUAAUUUGACAACUCUCCCUCCGUCUAGAAUGUGUCCCUCCGAAAACUGUUUGCGGAGAAUUAUAAAGCAGUAUUUCUACUUCCCAGAUACUGCGAAUUUUACCUAUGUGAGAUACUGCUUCCUUUCCACUGCUUUAAUCAUACACUUUUUUGAACUGUUUGACUCAAGUCUAUUGUAAUGUUAUGUCAUACUUGGUCAUUCUUUUUUUUUUAAGUAUUUCCAAACAAUUUUAUCCCGGAACAUCUACGUUUUGCAACUUUCCAAUAAGUUCCGUGUUCAAACAGACAUCACAGCCAGUGCAGUAAAACUUCAUUCAAUUCAAUUGAAACUGAAUGUGGAACACAUUGACGAUCUCUCUACUGCAUUAAACUUCACACUCUGACAGACACAACGUUUGCUGAUGGCUCGAACGGGCAGCAUUCAGUUCAUCACUCGUUUCUUUUCCAAUCGAGGCUCAGUACUACCGUCAGUUGAUAUCAUGAAGUAGCAAAAUAUCUCUUCCAAUAGUGUGAGAGCGGUCUUCAAAUGAGGUUCAUGUAAACAUUCGAAUUGGUUCAAGAUAAUAGAUGAAAUACAAACCAGAUAGCUAAAAUAUCAAUUACAGAAUAAACAUAAAUUCUUAGUUUCCUCCUUCAGUUUUCAUUUUUAAUACUUUACUCCAUUUAUAAUUCUAUUCAUUCGAACUUGCUUACUACAAAGAGCGAAAACAAUGAAGCAGCUAGACCACUUGGCACUUGAAUCUGAGCAAGCAAAACUUCAUAUGACUAGGUACGAUUAUUCAACUGACGGUGAAUUCUGGGAGCUUCACUUGAAAAUGGCAGCAAAAAUCUAAUGAAUUAGUAGGGAUAUGCUGACGGUCAGUGACCAUAAAUUUCAUUUUCAUCUUAUAUUAUUCGAUAGAAAAUGAAAUUUUACCGCACUGAUCACGGCUAUCAGUUAAAAUUUGAGGUCAUUGAUUAACUCUGUGUUUGAGUGAUCAUGUUCGAUUAGAGAAUUAGUGAAUCUGACUCCCUCCUAUUGAGAUAUCAAUGCUUUCUCUCAUUUUUCUGGCAGUAUCUGAGGUUUUUUCUUGAUCCAACUAAUUUUAGGAAACGUUGCCAUGUAGCAACAGUUCAUUCAUGAAAAAUCUUCGUUUAACGUUUUUUGGCUGCAAUUGAUCGAUCCAGUACGACUUAGAAGAACUCCUUUAUGUUGUACAGCUUCUGUUAACUUAUAUUCCUACGAAUAAUUGGGAAUCCUCUACCUUUACGUUUCGUCUUCGACCGAUUAGUGCAUUAGCAGUUUAUGUUGAGGAUCAGCAAACCGUCACUAAAUGUCGUUCUUUCGGCACUGCAGUAAAGACAUGGUGUUUCUGUGCAAGUGUUUUGCAAAUAACAUUAACCUUAUACUAUGUUCACACCUGCAGAAAAUAACACGUUUUAACGAUAGUAAUAUAAAGUUAGAACCUAACUGUUCACACUUGUAUUAUGUUAUACGCAUGACAUAUUGUUUGUUAUUGAGUUUGUUUAUAAACAAACUGCAAAAUGUUUACGUCGCAAAUAUUAAGCAUUUGUUAAGAAGUAAAUUACUGUGGAACUUUACUGGGUUCCGGAAUUCUCAUAGAAUAGUUUGUAGUACUUCGGAAUAGGAAAAUCUACAGUGAAAAAAUUGAAGAUUGCAUUCCCGGUUUCAAGAAGCAUGGUUUUUCACAAUGCCUCGGAAAAAUUGGUAAAAAUAUUAUGUCAAUCGCUUUAAUUUUUCCACUUCUUCACUCAGAAAGUUUUCUUCUACGUAUUAAAAAGUCAUUUUUGGCCAUUUGUUGGUUUUAAAUGUUUAUAUCACGUUAGUUGUCAACGUUUCGAAGGAUAUUUGCUUCGAAACUUUGACCAUUCACGUGAAAUAAAUAUUUUUAGCAAUAAAUGAUGUCUUUAAACAAAAAAAAAACAAGCAUGGUUAUACAAGUUUUCUGUUCUGUUUUGUCAUGGCUACUCUGAAGGAAAACUGUUUCGAUAAAAGCUUGUCAAUUGGCAUAGUCGAAAAAUGACGGAAAAUGCUAGCAGGGUUGUGCUUGACUGAUCAUUAUAUCAUGUUAUAAUGUUUUAAUGUGACGUUUCUGAAUAUGGAAUAACACGGAAGAGAAACAUUUUAUUUCGCUUAAUAUAUGAAAUCAGAGUUAAAACUCGUUUUAACUCGUAGUGUGAACGUGAUAUUACGUUAGCUUAUCGGUUUAUGUUGAACCGUUAGCAGUUCAACAUUAACUGCUAAUGCGCUGAUGAACCAAAGAGGAAAUGUAUCAAAAUCUCGGCCCAAAAACCAAAUUAUGGUAAAAUUUUCUGUCAAUCUUCCGUCAAACGAAGGAAAUCUACCUGUACUUCUAACAGGAUAUUGAUAGAAGUCUGCAAACCGCGACUGAGUUUUCAUAAUUAAUUCACUUGGGCCGGUGGUUUGGAGCAUAGGCUUAUAGUUAUCGUCAUAUCUUAGAUAUAAGAUAUAAGCCGAUGAUAUGCCAAAAUCCGAAUAUCUUUAAAUCUAUUUUUUCGGUUUUUUGUGGAUACGUAUUUCGAAGUGUCCAAGUCAGAAUGGAUAAAAAAGAUAAAAGAAAAGGAAUUUUAUUUCUAUUAAAACAGUAGGUCAAGUUCCGAAACGGAGGUGCUUCUGGGCCGUUACCCGAAGCAAAUAGGAUCCGAACAAAAUUUUUUCAUGAGUUCUGUAUUCGGGAGUUUGAAUUUGCAUGCAAUAAAUGAAUCUUUCUAUGCCUUACUCCGGCGUAGCUCCAGCACAGAGAACCACUAAAAACAAAGCAAUGUUUCAACAACGCUUACUAUCCUCAUAUAAGGACUGCUUUCUAAAUGAUACUUUUCUCCGGAUCGCUCCGAAUGGUAAACGCAAGACAAACCACAGUCAACCACCUCACCUAAACCGACGGAAUUACAUUAUCGUGGUGCAGUUUUCCUUAAACCCAAUGGGUUCAUUGUGAAUGAAUUACAUUCAUUAUUAUUUAUGUUUAUUAUAAAGCAAAAAGCAAAAAAAAAGUAUAUAUGUACCAAGAACAACAUACGCAAAUGGUGGAGCAAAAAGCUUGCAGCAAGGGUGAUCAUACAACGGAACUUACAGCGCCUAGAAGUGCAUCACAAUACUCUCUAGAAGUAUAGAAUCACACCGAGUAAUUAUUGCGAAAGGCAUACUGAAUUGUUUUUCCGUACAUCGAAAAACGUAUUACCUUCUCUUAAGACGAUCCUAGUUCAAUACAUAACUGUUUGGUUUUCAUGAAAAUGUGUUUUGAAGACCUAAAAUUUGCUUAAUAACAAACAAAUUGACUCAUUAUUUCUUCGCAAUAUGACGUGGAUGACUCAAAUGACAAAGCAGUUCUAGGUGAUUAGUGUUUCACAUAUGCAUAUGACGAAAUCGUUAUUUUUCGUGUAUUUCUAGUUUUUCCUGCUUCAGUAAAACUAAAUCUGAAUCCGUCGUCUAUCCAAUCGAGAUUUAAUUAUCACUUCACUAGAUGAUAGUAAAAAUAGGCGUUCUGAAUAAGAUAUCUAGAAUUAUUCGACUAGAGGGUCGUUUUUUGUCUUCAGAGCAUCAUUGCCGUGGAGAGCAGUUGUGCAGAAUAACUAAAUCUUGGGUAUGUAGCAUUAUGGGAACCGUUUUAGAGAGAAAUGUUUCAAUUCUGCUUUGAGUGAUUCCGUACUUCCAGACGGUAGUGCAAUUCUACAGCGAAUCAAAGAAGCGAUACAAAUAUCAUGCUUAUUCUAGAGAAAGAAGAAGAAAAAAUGUAUCAAAUGUAUAUCCCAUCACCCACCUAUCAUAGAGGGUGUGAAUCGCAACACGUACUAAGAUGGGAUCAGUGAGAAGCACAUUUCAGAAAGGAAAAUUCUUACAUAUUAUAUAAUUCUAUGAAUAUAACAUAAAAGUAUCUAUUGAAACUUUAAAACAUAACUACUGGAUGCGAUGACAUAACUAAAACAUUUUGAUCUUUACAUUUAUAAAUAAAUAAAGCUAAAUUCAACAGUUAAACAAAAUGUUUAAAAAAAAAAUCUAGAAGUUAAAAGCAAAAUUUAAAAAAAGGUUAAGGUUUAUACAUUAAUACAACGCCUGUGUGUGAGCAUUUUUGAUCGUUUGGAACAUCAUAAGUAAACCAAGAACAAAUAGAAGAAAGAUAAGAAACUAUAUACAUUUGAUUAUAUACUAGGAUUACUGAAAAGGAAAAAGAAAACAGUUAACAUUUGAUAUAUAUUACGAUGAGGAGAAAAUGCAUAGCAGAGUUAAACUUUAUCAGAAAAGAAAAAAAAAUAUAUGAACCAUUUUAAGCAUACCAGAUAAACCCGAGCAAAUGCAAAGUUACAUCUUUUCAAACUGACAAACCGGUGAUCGACCUAAACGGAAAUCCCUCAUCAGUACAAAACAACAGCAAACACAUACCGACAACGACGGACCGAUACAAUCUCACACACACACACACACACAUAUUACGUCUACUGUGGCACAGACUGUUUUUUUGAUUUGAAUGAAAUUCAUGCGUCGCCUUCAGGUCUGAUUUUAUUAAACGUUGAUAAUAGCGAACUUCAGACGAGUAACAUAUAAAUAACUGUACUAGUUUCGCAUAUUGUAUGUGUUCUUUCAUUUCUUUGCUCCGAUUUGCUAAAUAGAACAAGUUGUUAAACAAAAUAAUAGAACAAGGCGAACAUGCCAGAGUGGGAAGUGGGAAGAUUUUAAACGUUCUUUAGAUUAAAUUGUUUUCCACGUUGUAAUGCUGCAAUAUAAUAGGAAGAAGCUAGGAAUCGAGUUUUUUUUAACCUACUGGGAAUAAAUUCAAUCAUUGGAUAUUAUUUUAACUUAUUGCCUAAAGCUUUUUUUAUGUUGACCGCUAAAAUGAACGUGAAUUAUCGCAAUCAAAACAAACGACUAGCGAAAAUAUAAGAUUAUUUCCACACGACUUUAUUUGUCUUUCUAUACUGCGCUACUAUCAUUAUUAUUACUAUAAUUAUUAUGUUUAUUACUAAUAAUAUAUUUUCUAUUUGUUGGAAUGUU